AUGCGUUUGCUCGCUCCCAGCGGCUACUGCACCUGGGCGAGCCGCUGGGCCGGAUCCUCCAAGGCCGGGCAACCAGGGCUCAGGGCCUCCUCUGCACGGACAAGGCAAGGCAUGGCGCUAUGGCACCCCAAGGGUCCGAUCUGCCGCAGAGAUGCGGUGGGCCAAAGAGCAGCGCUCCGCGCUUCCGAGAAGGGCAAAAUGACUUCAUGCGCUUUCAUGCGAGGGGGCCGGCCUGCCAACCCGGGCGAACCGUCGUCAUCUCAGUCAGCGACGGCCGCCUGA